UUGUCAUUGUUGAUGAAGACAAUCCUCCAUUUCAAUCCAAAGCACAAUUUCCUUCUGCCUCCGCCAUUAAUUCCUUCAAUCUUAUAAAACCCUUUACCCAAUUCCUCACCUUUCUUCCUCUUCCUUUUGCUUCCCUCCAUUUAGAAUUGGUAAGAAGCUUAGUGUAACCCGGAUCCAACCUCUUCAGACUCCAACCGACCUGUUUGAUCUGAGCGUCCCCUUCCUCUCCCUCUCUGUGCCGUUGCUGGUUUCCUGUUCUUGUUGCAGGGAGAGAGAGAUCCAUAUUUCGGUCUCGAGGCUUGUAUUUGUUUUUCUGUUUUUGAGUUAAGCGGUCAUCAUGGGGGGUUGUGUAUCAACACCAUUAACGCCAACUAAAAAAAGGAAGCCACGGAAAAGACAUGCCCUUCUGCGCCUCAGAUUCCGUGGAAAGAUCUCCAGUUCUGUACAAGGUGGAACCAAGAAGAGAAAUGGUGAUGCUCGAGUGACAGAUAUGGUGAGCGAGUAUGUGCAUAUGGAUUUUGAGAAUGGUGCUACAGCUACUUGCAGAAGAUCUGAGGUCGCAAACUCUGGAUACCAUAUCACUCAGUUGCAGUGGCAUCUUAGCCAGGUUGAUGCAAGUGUACAUUGCCAAGAGGAUGCUUGGUUUGAUUCACUUAGUAUUCUGGAAUCUGAAUCAGAUGAUGACUCGAGCAGCGUGUACGGAGAUUGUUUUCCAUCAAUGGGUGAUGCAAUUCCAAACAUCUCAAGUGGCCAGGUGGUGCAGUAUGAAAGUUCUUCAUGCUUUGUUGAUGGCGAGGGUAAAUAUGAAGAAUACCAUGAGAGUAUAUUGAAAAUAGAUGGGGUUAAAGCAGAAAAGCUCUUGCGCAAAGAUGUUCAAGGUUUUGAGCUUUUGCACUGGGGAAAAGCUGAUGAUAUUUGUAGUAAGAGGAAGAAAUUAUUAGAACAUUCUUAUGGAAGCUUUAAAGGUCUGACAGAAUAUGGAUGUAACUCUGAAGAGAAAACCUUAAAAUCCAGGUUAGCCCGGUUGGUUCCUUCUGUGAGUUUCAAUGACAAGAUUUUAGCAUCAACCACGGCUGCCCAGUCCCAAAGAAAGAAGACAGCAGUUUUCAGGCUCUCUUUUAAGAGGAGAUCAUGUGACAGAGAAACCAGUCAAGAGUGUUCAUCGCAGAGAUUUUUGUAUCGUCCCAAAGCAGGAUAUAUAAUACCAGGCUGUACAUUGGAUAAGCAAAAUCCAGGAUCUUGGUCAGAGAUUCCUCCCUCAACUUUUAAACUCAGAGGAGAGACCUAUUUUAAAGAUAAGCGCAAGUCCCCUGCUCCAAAUUACAGUCCCUAUACUCCAAUAGGUGUUGACUUAUUUGCAUGCCCGCGCAAGAUAAAUCACAUUGCUCAACAUAUUGAGCUUCCCAAUGUGAAAUCAAACGGGAGAGUUCCACCUCUUCUAAUUGUAAAUAUCCAGUUGCCUACAUAUCCUGCAGCAAUGUUCCUUGGUGUUGGUGAUGGUGAAGGAAUGAGUCUUGUACUGUAUUUCAGAGUUUCUGAGAAUUUUGAGAAUGAAAUCUCUGACCAAUAUCAAGACUUCAUCAAGAAAUUGGUUGAUGAUGAGAUGGAAAAGACUAAAGGGUUUGCUAAAGAGUUCACCGUUCCUUUUAGAGAAAGGCUUAAGAUCAUGGCUGGGUUGAUCAAUCCUGAAGAUCUCAACUUGGGUUCUGCUGAAAAGAAACUAGUAAAUGCUUAUAACGAAAAACCUGUCCUUUCACGUCCUCAGCACAAUUUUUACAAGGGGCCUAAUUACUUUGAGAUUGAUCUGGACAUUCAUCGCUUUAGCUACAUAUCAAGGAAGGGACUUGAAUCAUUCCGAGAACGCUUGAAAAAUGGAGUACUUGAUGUGGGCUUAACCAUCCAGGCACAUAAACAGGAAGAACUUCCAGAGCGAGUGCUGUGCUGUCUGAGACUGAACAAGAUUGAUUUUGUAGAUCAUGGCCAAAUUCCGACACUGAUUACCAAUGAUGCUUAAAGAGAAGAGGGAGACUCAUGUAUGAAGGAUCAAAUUCUGUAGACAUUCAACAGUACCUGCAAAAUUCAGCCUUUACAAUGAAAGGAGAAGUAGAAAAUAUGUUUCUAUGAAUAUCUUUAACAAAUAUUCUUUACAUUCUGCCCCAAAAAUGAUAAAUAAUUUUUAACAAAUUUUUUGUACUAAUACCAUUGUAUGUUUCUUUUAACUAUGAGUCCAAAAUUCUUUUGU